UUCUGGCCCCCUUCUCCUCCUCCUAGCACUGAUUGGAGGGCUACGUGAACCGCGUGCAGCUAAAAAAAACGGAAAAGAGAGCGCGCGUGGCGGGUAACCGCGAGUUUGAAGAGCAACUCAGGUGUUUUCAGCAGAAUGAGCUCCUCGGCUGAUCUGGAGCAGCUGGCAGAAAUCGAGCUGCAGAAGGAGGAGGAGGGCAGUUGUGUCACAGACGGUCCAUCAGCUCCUCCAGUCAGCACACCAAGUCUCGACCCCUCCCACCCGUAUUACGACGUGGCUCGACACGGCAUCAUCCAGGUUUCGGGGGACGACCACUACGGCAGGAAGCUGAUUGUCUUUAGCAGCUGCUGCCUACCACCUUCGCACCAGCUGAAUCACCGCCGCCUGCUCGAGUACCUGAAGUUCACACUGGACCAGUACGUGGAGAUGGACUACAUCCUGGUGUACUUUCACUAUGGCCUGAGGAGCAGCAACAAGCCGUCUCUCAAGUGGCUACGAGAGGCUUACAGCGAGUUCGACAGGAAGUACAAGAAGAACCUGAAGGCUCUGUACGUUGUCCAUCCCACCAACUUCAUCCGAAUCGUCUGGAACCUUUUCAAACCUCUGAUCAGUCACAAGUUUGGGAGGAAGCUGACGUAUGUGAACUACUUGGCUGAGCUUCGGGAACACCUGAACUACGAGCAGCUCUUCAUCCCUCCAGAAGUGCUCAGACAUGACGAGGAGCUGCGAGCGACUCAGAAAGGAGGACCCCCGCCCUCUGUGAAAACACCCCCGCCCCGGCCCCCCCUGCCCACCCAGCAGUUCGGCGUUAGUCUGCAGUACAUCAGAGAGAAGAACCGAGAGGCCGUCAUCCCACCUGUGAUGACCCAGACUGUCACAUACCUGAAGGAGAAAGGUCUGAGGACUGAGGGGCUCUUCAGGCGAUCGGCUCGGGUUCAGCUCAUUAAGGAAGUACAGAAACUCUACAACCUGGGGAAGCCGGUGAACUUCGAGCAGAUAGGAGAUGUGCACGUUCCUGCCGUGAUCCUGAAGACAUUCCUCAGAGAGCUUCCUGAGCCAUUGCUCACCUUCCGGGUCUACAGCCAGGUCCAGGAGCUGCUCCAUGUGGAGAGCAGUCUGCGGGUGACCCGAUGCAAACAGAUCGUCGAGAGUCUACCUGAACAUAAUUUCAUUGUGGCAAAGUACCUGCUGUGCUUCCUGCACCAGGUAUCUCAGGAAAGCAUCAUAAACAAGAUGUCUCCAUCUAACUUGGCGUGUGUUUUUGGCGUGAACCUGGUCUGGCCUCGUCACGGCUCCAUCUCCCUGACCGCUUUGACCCCUAUCAACAUCUUCGCUGAGCUCCUCAUCGAGCACGUCCACACAGUGUUCGGCUCCCGCUGCCCACCUGCACAGGUGAUGCCCUGAAGGACGGCGGCAACUGUUUUUUUUUUUUUUGUUGUUUUUUUUAACUCUUAUCGUUUUUAAAAAGGUCAAAUGCAAGGUGAACCUCCAAGCAUGAACCUUCACGUUUGGACUCAUGAUGGUGAUGUUACUGGUUUUAUUUAUAGUUUAAGUGUUUCAUCUUUAAUGAAGUAAUAACACUGGAGGUGAUCUGAUUGGACGAGAAGCUGGAAUCCGUUUCCAUGUUUGUGGUAUUUUGUGUUUCUGUCGAGUGUAGACCGCCAAAUGUAAAAACUGAUUGCAGUAAGUUUUGUUUUUGUAACAACCUCAAACCCUCAGAGCGCCGUCUUCAUCAGGUUUGUACAGACAGAAUGUUUUCCUGAUAGAAGACACCCAGAGGUUUAUCUUUUAUAUGUACCUUUAUAUGUGAUAAAUUCUCUGCUUUCA